AUGGGCACUGCUGUACACUGUGGUACAGAGCGGAACAAACAUGCCGUAAUAGAACAAGCUCUGGUUUUAGACUCAGAGGACCUGGAUGACCUAAAAUGUCUGCAUCCGCAAGGGCGAUGGCAGGGACCUGCUUCUGUGAGACAGGAGAUCUGGUGUAGGAGUGCAUAUUCUGCAUUGGCCUACCCUGUGGUUGGGAGGAGCUCUGUAGCCAAAUGCUGUCACCUCCGGAAGCCUUUCCCAAACCUCCUCAAAUUUGCCAGUGCAGAGACAAGUGUUAACCAGGGUAAUGUGGCCACUUCUUCCCAUCAAACAAUGGAGAUAAGCACUGUUUCUGAGGCCAACGGAAAGAAUCUUGGGAAGGAGGCCAAAGCCCCAGCACCAGCUGCUAAAUCUCGUUUUUUCUUGACACUCUCGCGGCCUGUACCAGGACGUACCGGAGACCAAGGCACAGAUUCAUCAGUUGCAUCAGUGAGCCUGGAUGUCAGCUCUGAAAAACCCCCAGCGAACAAAGCAUCAAGUGAGAACAUGAAACUUCCGGCAACAGCUGCACUGGAAGAAGAUUCAGAUAAAACCCAGAGCCAGGUCCCAGCGGAAGCAUCCCUUAGUUCUACUGAACAGCCAGCAUCGCCUCCACCUGAGGCAGAGGGUGAAGCCCCUGCCAAACCCAAGGAACCCAGCUUUUUUGACAAAUUCUUCAAACUGGACAAGAAAAAAGAAAAUACACCUGUUCCCACUGGAAUCCAAGAGGGAACAGAAAAUACAGAGAACCAACACCUGGACAGAGAGACUCCUGGAUUAUCAAGCCAGUCGAACAAUGUCCCAGAGGAGAAGGACAUAGUUGACAGCAAGGAAAAGGGUGAACAGGAAAAUCCAGUGGGUAUCAAUUCUUCAGUCCCAGAAGAUACCGAGAAACCCGAGGUUGUUCAGGAGAACCCCAAGACUGUAAAUAUAACAGAGAACAAUAAUCCCGUCAUGAGUUUCUUUAAAACACUGGUUUCAUCUAACAAAGCUGAAACUAAAACUGAUUCAGAAGACAAGGGAUCGAAAACUGAGAAGGUUCAUGAUGGACCAGCCGGUCAGAAGACAACAGGAGAAGUCCAGGCCAAAGGAGCCAAGAAAAAGAAUACAGAGAGCCCCCGGCUAGGCUAUGCCUUUAGAAAAUUCUUUAGGCAUAAGUCUUCAAAAGAAACUCAAUCAACAUCAAAUACCAAAGGUGCUGAAAAGUCACCUGCUUCUUCAGCUAAUACAAAAUCAGACAAAGCCACCUCUUCAUCACCUGAGGCCCAAGGGACACAGAAAAAUACUAAAGGCUUGGACUCUUCAGCUCAGCAACAAACGACAGCAUCCUCAGAAUCAGCAAAGAAUGGGACAAAGGAGAAAUCUCCCACUUCUCUUCCCCUGGGCAAGCUAUUUUGGAAAAAGUCAAUUAAAGAGGAUACAGUUCCCAAAGGUGCAGAGGAAAAUCAAAACAAACCCCAAACACAGGAAGUGUGUGAAGAACCAGUAGAGGUUAUAAAGUCCGAGGAUAUAGAAGCAUCCUUACAAACAAUAGAGCUGAAUGAAGAAGAAGCUGUAAGUCCUGAGCCGGCCCCAACCCAGCCCAGUGCAGAAGAAAACAAACCACGGAAAACAAACCUGAGGCAGUUUUUCAGACAACUGUCAAUGAGAGGUGAUGGGGACUUCACCAGCUCAGAAGAAGUCAAUGGGAAAGACUCUGACGGUCAAACCUCAGACUCCACAGAAAAGGCUGUCACGCCCCCUGAACCAGAACCAGCAGGGCAGAACAAAGAGGGUACAAAGGACAAGAAGCCCACGGCUGAUCUGAACAAGCAGAAAGGAAACAAAAAGGAUGCCACAGAGCAAGUGAACUCCCCUGAUCGCCGAGGGGCCGAGAAGAAUCCCAUGCAGAAUGGAGGGGAUUCCAAAGAAAGCCCCCUGAAGAGGCCAGAGAAGCGACAGUCUUUGGGAGGCUUCUUUAAAGGCCUUGGACCAAAACGGAUGUCUGAUGCCGAAGUACAAACAGAUCCCGUGUCUAUCGGGCCAGUUGGGAAAUCUAAGUAACAAAUACCCACAGAGGUAUUGAAGAAUCCCGCUCACAAAACGUUCUCCCACAGUCAAGCUGACUUUUCCCUAUCCCACAUCCCCCUCCCUCCUUUCCACCACUGCUGUCAUCAAGUGAGACCCCUGCUUAAGGAUAAAAGUAACAGCUAAUGUACAUUGAGGUGUAUUAUUUACAUAUCUGGUCCAUUGAAUGCCAAUCAAUAACUGUAAAGGUCAUCAUGAAGCCAAGUGUAUGUAGUAUUGUAACUAAAGAGAGGCCAGUAAUGUGGAGGGGUGGGAAGAGGGGCCAUUAUUCUAGAUAAGGUAUAAAGUUUAAAAAAUGGCAGCCAUUGCAAAAAUGCAUUUGCAUAAUAAUUAAUGUACACUGAGAGAAUUAAGCUUUUAUAGUCAACAAAUGCUUGACCUCAAAACUUGAAAGGAACUAUAAAAUCAAGAUUUGUUUCAAUAUGCAUUUCACAGAGGAAACUAAACAGCAGUAAUCUAUUGAAGGUGGAGGUAUUACCAGUUUUCAGGAAGCUUCUUGGAUCUAAAGAAGGAAUGAUUGCAAGGUAUUUGUCAAAUAGGUCCUUGAAAGUUAAAUGAAAAUAAUGAGAUAGUAAAGGCUGAAUGGAGAGGGCCUAAAAUGAUUUGGAAAAACAAGAGUAUUUUUGUUUUGUUUUAUUUUGUUUCUUUUCUUCUUUUCUUUUUUUGGCACGGUUUGGGGACAUAAGUUCACAGAGAAAUUGGGGGAAAAAAAAAAGAUUCAAAGUUAUCAUACAACACCAGGGGGAGCCAGGGUCUCCAUUCUCAAACACUGUGCUACUAACACCAAUUCUGUAUCUGCAGUCUUACAUUAUUAAUGUUUUUCAGAUGCCUGAGAAGCCUUCAUCUGUUUUGUCUGACACUUGUCCAAAGUCUUGUCUGUAAUUUCCUAAUGAAAAAUCUGCAUAUUAUCGAGAUUCCGACUCUUUUACCAAACUCUUUCCCCUAACCCAGCUUAAUAAAGUUUACUGAAGAUUCAAAUACCUAUGGUUAUUUUUAACACCUGUACGAACAGCAAAUAGCAUCAUGAGUCUAAUAUGUUAGAAUUCAAGGUAGUAUAUGAUGAUUUACUUAUUUGUAUAUACUAUAGCUUUCUCUUCUGAUUUAAUUUUUUCAAUACUUUUUUCCUCCCAAAAUAUCUUUAAUUUUGAACUAAAACAGAUUUCCUCUAUUCACUUGUCUAAAAUGUCUUUUUGUCUCCCAGAGAUUCCCCACAGCCCCUGCAUCCCCUACUUCCCCCUUCGUCCCUUCCCUUCACCCUCCUCCUCUCCAAAACCAUUGCGAUGAAAUAAACAUGGGUUAUCCUCUCUUAACCCAGACACAGAGCAUAGGAAAGUGUCUGCCUGGAAGGCAGAUGGAAUCUAUAAAGUUGGCAAAAUGACAUUUGAAAACUGUGCUCAGAAUAGUCGAUAAGGACGUGGGCUCUUGUUCCAGUAGGCUGUGCAGGUAGAAGGGAUUGACUAGGGUUGGCCAACUCCCAGGCUUUCAGCUGGUGGUGUAAAUACACUGGCUCCAAUCCGGGCUAAAAAAAGGAGAUUGGAUCCUUUUGUUUGCUGAUGGGGCUCGGGGUUUCUAAUCUUUUCACCAUCCCCAGAGCUAGUUUGCCCCAAUCUGACUCUUCUCCAUCCCAUCGGAAUGUUUGUCCUGGCACAAACCAGGCAAGGAGCUAUUUAGGAAGAGGGAAGAAAGGAGUGGAGGAAGGGAAGGGGGGAAAUUUUGCCUACAUAAGUCUAUUGAAAGAUUCAAAGAUAGUGGCCACUGACUCCCGAGUUAGCUCCAAACACCAGGGGCUUUGCUUAGUCAGGCUUUGUUUAGCUGGAGUGGGGAAUACAAAUUGAGAGUAGUAAUAGUGUAAUUUGCAGGUCUCACCUCACUAGCCAAAAGGGUUUGUUGCUUGGAUCAGAAAAGUCCCCUGGCAAAAAGGAUAAGAAACAGACAGUGAUUGCUGGUGACCUUCUGCCAUAGAGCCACUAAUGUGUAUGAAAUAAUGGUUAGUGUUGGCAGAGCCCUGACACACACACACAGAUAAUCUCCUUCCCUGUUUUUAGAUUUGAUUGCUGUGUAAUCAGAGAGAAAAGUACCACAGCCACAGCCUGAGCCCCCAGAGCCACAGCCACUCAGAGAAGGAAUUUUACCUUGAAAUGGACCUUUAGCUCCUCCUUCCCUUGGGGAGGAUGGCAAAGUAACUUUGUUGUAUGCCGGUAGGUUUUGUUGUUGUUGUUGUUGUUGUUGUUUCUGGGCAAGCAAAAGUCAGGUUUAUUUCUUAGAUGGCUUGUUUUUAUUUUCCCUUUAAUAGGCAUAGCUGGGGCCAAAGGAAAAAGUUGUUUUUUGGUUUUAUUUAUGUUGAAAUCUUAAAUUCAACUUCAUUAGUACAAGGCAGGGACACCCAUUAGAAGUUACCAUCUACUGAAAGUUGACAACGCAGGUCUUGGAAAUAAAUGGAAGAAUUGGAUUCAAAACUGGCAAUGUGAGGUUGGGAGAAUACUUUUAAAAGCUGGUUUCAGAUCAUAGGACACAUUCACCAGAACAAUGGAGUUUCCCCCAAAAUGUGCAGCUCUGAAAGAUUCCCAUGGAUCAGAAUAAGGAGAACAAAGUUUUAAAAUGGAAAAGAGCCUAGCUAGAGAGGCAAAGAUACAAAAAGAGAAACAAGAGAAGAACAGAUUGACAAAGAGAUAAAAGACAGAGAAGAAUCAAGGAGGUGUACAAAGAGACAGAGAGACACAAAGAGAGAUAAGAGACAGAGAGAAGGAAACAGAGAGGCAUCUAGAGAUAAAUAUAAAUAAACAGAGAAAAACAGACUGAGUCAGAGUUACAGAGUGGAUGAAACAAAGAGACAGA